AUGAAUCUACUUUUGUUCUUAGCUUUAGUCACCACAUUAGUUACGGACACAUGGAGUCUCCCGUUGAAUAAUCUAAUUCAUAAACCACCAUCGAAUUCGAGCCGCAAACAUUCGAUAAAAAGACGUCAGUUUCCUCCGGACUUCAAAUUUGGAGCAUCGAUAUCAGCGUACCAACAUGAAGGCGCCACUUGGGUUGAUGGUAGACGUCCAAGUACAUGGGAUGCUUUUAGUCAUGCUCAUCCAGACAGAAUACGAGGUCGAACCAACGGUGAUGUCGCAACCGAUUCUUACCACUUAUACAAGGAUGACAUAUCGCUUGCCAAACAACUCGGUUUGGAUACUUUCAGAUUCUCACUCUCAUGGUCCAGAAUAUUGCCAUAUGGGAAGCUCAGUGGAGGUAUCAACCAAAAGGGAAUAGAUCAUUAUAACAACGUUAUUGAUGAGGUCCUAGCACAAGGAUUGACGCCAUUCUUGUCACUCGUGCAUUUGGAUUACCCUCAAAUUUUGGAAGACGAAUACAGCGGCUUUCUAAGCACUCGCAUGGUGGACGAUUUUAGAGAUUACGCUGAUAUUUGCUUCAAGGCAUUUGGUGACCGAAUCAAAUAUUGGGUCACUAUAAACGAGCCGAGGACUCUGAUACUAGGCGGCUACGACGUCGGCGAUAUGGCGCCGGGACACUGCACCAGCCUUUCCAACUGGACUUGCGACGCCGGAAACUCCUCGACGGAACCCUACAUUGUAGCCCACAACCAACUUCUUGCUCAUGCCGCUGCCGUUCAGCUGUACAGACAAAAAUAUCAGGCAACUCAGAAAGGAAUCAUCGGAAUAUCAAUGAAUGCGGACUGGAUCAUCCCCUACAGCUCCAGUAAAGGCGACAUUCAAGCAGCCAAAAGAGCCCUUGAUUUCACUUUUGGAUGGUUCAUGGACCCAAUAUACAAGGGUGACUAUCCAGAGAACAUGAAACGAUAUGUUGGGGAUCGAUUGCCGAGAUUUUCGAAACAAGAAUCGACAUUAUUGAAAGGGUCUUACGACUUUCUUGGAAUCAACUAUUAUACUACCCAAUACGCACUUGAUCGGGUUGACUAUAGCGAUCCUCGUCACCCAAAUGGCUACGAUGCUCAUGUCCAACUUUCUUUUGUAAGAAAUGGACAAGUAAUUGGACCUCAGACAGUUACACUAUGGAUGACCAUCUAUCCUAGAGGACUUUAUAAUCUCUUACUCUACAUAAAAGACACCUAUCAGAAUCCUCUUGUCUAUAUUACAGAAAAUGGACUCCCUGACUCUGGAAACUACACUCAUUCACCACUUGAAGCACCACCUGAUGAUGAAUCAAGAAUUUCAUAUCUUCAAGAUCAUCUCAUAUCCCUCAGAAGAGCCAUGAAAAAGGGAGCAAAUGUGAAGGGCUAUAUGGUGUGGUCAUUACUUGAUGGGUACGAGUGGACCGGUGGUUACGAGUGGAAAUUCGGAUUGUACUACGUUGACCAUUUCAAAGCCCCUUCGAUCAGAAUUCCAAAGAUGUCUGCAAUUUGGUUUAGAAAGUUCCUUAAACGAAUUAAUUAA